GUGUCUCCGCUGACGGCCCACCGUCUUUUACACCCUUCUAAAUUCCUUCUACGCUUCCAUCGCAGAGACCCUUCUUGUUUCUCUUCAACUUCUCAUGCUCGUUCGUUGACCACCGGUAUUAACCAUGGGCUUCAAUCCAGACUCCAAAGAAUUGGGACCGAGUGAGCCACGAGCGCUCCAGCCUACCAUCUCCAGUCAAUCGAAAGCAGCAGAAGCAGCAGGACACAAUCAGAACCGAAGCAUCAUGGCAACAAUCGCAGACGACGACGACCGCCUACUCGUGCGCAUUGGGUAUACUCCUGUUCUACAAAGACAUUUCUCAAGAUGGUCUACGGUUUCAUAUGCCAUCUCGAUUCUAGGAGUACUGGGCUCAGUGCCCGCGACCUUUGGUGCGCCAAUGAGUUCGGGUGGCCCAGCAACAGCAGUAUGGGCCUGGUUCAUUGGCAGCAUCAUGGCAUACUGCAUAGCUAGUUCAGUUGCCGAACUGGUCUCAGCAUAUCCGACAGCUGGAGGCAUGUACUAUGUCACAAAACACGUUGUACCACCUGAACACGUCGCAGCCUGGGCGUGGAUCAUCGGUUGGUGCAACUUCCUUGGUCAAGCCGCUGGCGUUGCAAGUCUGGCGUAUACAAUCUCACAGAUGAUAUUGGCGACAGUUGUCAUGCACACGCUAGACAAUGGAGAGUCUGCCUUUACGCCGCAAGCAUAUCAGACCGUCCUUCUCGCUAUCUUCGUAUUGUGCAUGUUUGGCACAAUAUGCUCGUUUCCCACGAAUUGGCUUCAUCGUAUCAUCUUGUGGUUCGCCCCUAUCAACAUCAUUGCAUCAAUCUGCAUCUGCAUCGCUCUUCUCAUUCUCACACCGAACAAGCAAAGCCCACAAUGGGUGUUUACAACAGUCAUGGACGGCUCGGGCUGGGGAAGCAAGGGUUUUUCGUUUCUUCUUGGCUUCCUUUCCGUUGCAUGGACGAUGACUGAUUAUGACGGCACGACACAUAUGUCGGAAGAGACACACGAUGCCGCUAUUCGCGGCCCUGUAGCGAUCCGCGCUGCAAUCCUCGUCUCUGGCGUCGUCGGCUGGAUGCUAACCGUCACUUUCUGCUUCUGCAUGUCAGACUACGAUGCGAUUAUGGCGACGCCGACCGGUCUGCCAGUGGCCCAGAUCUUCUUCAACGCCGGCGGCAAAACAGGUGGAACCAUCAUGUGGUUCUUCGUCAUGUUGGUCCAAUUCUUCACCGGCUGUUCCGCCAUGUUGGCGAAUGCUAGAAUGGCUUGGGCCUUUUCCCGCGACGCAGCCUUCCCAUUUUCGGGUUUCUGGAGCAAGAUCAAUUCCUACACGCACACUCCGGUCAAUGCGGUAUGGCUUGUUGUGCUGUUCUGCAGCUGCCUCGACCUAAUCGGUAUCGGAAGUACCCUUACCAUUACGGCUAUCUUCAACAUCACCGCCCCGGCCUUGGACAUCAGUUACAUCGCAGUCAUCAUUGCACACCGAUGGUACGAGAACACUGUCACUUUCCACCCUGGACCAUAUACAAUGGGUAGAUGGAGCAAGCCGGUCAAUGCGAUUGCAGUGACAUGGGUCAUCUUCAUCAGUGUUGUGUUGUUCUUCCCGACGGUCAAGCCAGUCAAGGUCGACAACAUGAACUACGCUAUCUGUGUGGCAGCCUUCAUCGGCCUGUUUAGCACCGCUUGGUGGUAUGCGGGUGCAAGGAAGAAGUACACCGGCCCGCGCACAAGCGACACUAUCGACAUGCUUCCACCAGAGGAUCCAGAGGACAUCCUCAGCGACUACGACAAUGUUUAGUGCACAGCUCUGCAUCGUAUUCGCCUAUCCCUAUCUGAGAGCGCUUGGCCGCCUCGAGCGUUACGACUUUGACGACAUCAGACCCUCUGAGGGUAAUAUCUAUACACGGAUUUCUAUUUUCCAGGAGUUUUACGGUAGUGGGCAUCUUUUAUCUCGGCGUUGGUCAUCCUUUGGGUUUCUUUCAUCUUUUCUUUCGAACAAACGGAGUCACCACCUAGAAGGGAAGAGAUCAGGGGACACUCCCAUUCACUUGCGCAAGAUACCUAUAGAUCGGAUGAUACCCCUCAAACAGCCAGCCACAAGCGUACUCGAUAGCAAAACUACGCCAAUGUCCUUAUUAUUUAGCGCAAUAUACUUCAACAUCACAAUCUUCUACUUUGAGUAAUUUCCUCCAUCUUCCUCGGUUCGCAUGGUCGCUGCGUGGGUGUCAAUGGUCACAGGUUUGCC